GUCAGUAUUAACUAGGCUGUACGACGAGACGGAGUCUUUGUUGUGUUGUGUUUUUAAAUAUCAAUGUUAACUUUAUUUUAAUUUUGAUGUUUCUGUUGAAGAUUGAUAGUAUUUUAGAUCAUUUCUUAAUCAUGAAUUUUAUUGUAUUAAACUAAAAUGUUAAUAACUUACUCUUUUGUAAUUCAAUUAUGCAUCGUCUUGUUGUUUUAUUUGAAACAAAUUGCGCCUGCCUAUAGUGUAAAUGAUAUAAUUAUGCAAGCAAAAUGUCAAGCAUUAAUACAAAUGGAAACAGAUUGUUCAUUGAUGAACAUUCUUGAAGUCGAUUGUUACCAACCUGGCUAUAGAUGCCACGCUAAAAAUAUUACUGGAAUCAAAUGCUGCGAUAGAUUCUGCACUUGCAUGAGAGAUACAAAUAAUUUAUUGAAGUUUGGCUUUGUUGAAAGCAAAAGUGAAGAUUUGAAAUUGAUAUGCAGGUCGGAUCAUAAACUAUUUGUUGGAUUACCAACUAAAGACAAAUGGAACGUAGUACUUGUCACAGCAAUUUAUGACCUCCUUAACGAAACACAAUCCAAAAUUGUUAUGAAUGAAAGCAGCGUGAUGUACGAUAAACUAGUAGCUAAUAAUAGUUACACAUUUAAAACCUGGGCAGUAGAUGAACUUGGAAUCAGAUAUUUCUAUUCAAAAGUGUUCAACACCUUAUCGACAAAUUUUAAACCAAAACCAGUUAGGUCACUUGAACUAGAAGCUUUUGUUCCAGUCAAUAAUACUGUUGAAGCUUUAAUCAGUUGGAUUCCAGGCCCGGAUCGAACCUGUGAUUACGAACUGAUUUGGUGGGAUCAUUUUGAUGGUAUCCACACUAAAGAACUGUUAGUCCCCUUUCAUCCUUUUAAAUAUACUUUGAACAAUUUGAAAUUUGGUACAAUAUAUAAAGUAGAAAUUUGCAGCAAAGACAGUGAAUGGUACUCCGAAAGUGAUAGAAUUGGCCUUACAUUUACCACGCCGACUUGUAUAGAGUUAUAUGACGAAACAGUAUGCAAGCCCCCGAACACUCUGCAGAUAAAUGUAACAGAAGUAUACCUUGGAGCAAGCAAAUUUGACGUGUUUGUAACAUGGGAACCACCUGCUGCUAUUCCAGAAUAUUAUAACUUUACACUUGUUGGAGCAAUAAUUAAAGACCGGCACGAGAACGUAUCUCUAACUGCUCCUUCGAAUGCGAAAACAAUACUAUUUCAUGCAGUCCAAUUAGCAAAUAUAUACAGUGUUAAAGGUCAAGCCGUGUACAAGAAUGAAUUAGUUUGGGAUAUCGUAGCACGAGAAAUUUCUGCUAUAGCAGAUGAGACAUUAUGGAAUGGAUCUGCAAUAAUUCGGACAACCGCCUACACAUUUUCAAUCACAUUUGUGCUUAUUUUGCUGACUGUAUGGUUCAUCACUCGCCAAUUACAAAAAAGAAAACUAUGGAUGAAAACCGUUGAAUCAAAUGAGAAUUCUCUGCAAGCACCUGGAGAUUUUUAUGAAAUUGAUAUUAAACAAUUGGUCUUGUACGAGAAGUUAGGGCAGGGCGAAUUCGGAAUUGUGCGUAAGGCAAAGCUCUUGAAUUUUAAUGGUCAGCCAUCAAAAAUUGUUGCUGUAAAAAUGUUGAUAAGCAGCAUGUGCAAAGAUGAUAUUCGUCGUUUCUGGGAAGAAAUUGAUGUUAUGUGUAAAGUAGGAUCUCAUCCCAAUAUUGUAUCUAUAAUAGGAUACAGUUCCUUGAAUAGCAAAACAAUUUUUUUUGUUUCCGAGUAUUGUACCAAGGGAGACUUACAGAAUUAUUUACGAAAAACGUGGAACGAAAUUGUUUAUUCGAAUACUCCUACAUCGAAAACCACUAAUUUAAAUCACUACGUUCAACAAUAUGCCAAUACUUAUGUAGAUGAUUUUAAACAUGAGUACAUGCAGUUUGUUGAAAAUGAAUUACCGAUCAAUUUUGCUGAAAAUCUAAAUUAUGAUUUGGAGCUUGCUGUAGCAGAAUUCAAAAUUACGACCAAAGAUUUAUUGACGUAUGCUAAAAGUAUAGCUUCUGGCAUGGAAUUUCUUUCGGCAAAAAGUGUGGUUCAUCGGGAUUUAGCUGCUCGAAACAUAUUAGUGUGCAGUGACAAUACGGUGAAAAUCGCAGAUUUUGGUCUUAGUAAAGAUAUUUAUCACCAAAAAUUGUAUAAAAAAUUUGGUACUGGCAAAUUGCCUGUAAAAUGGAUGGCACCAGAAUCGUUGAAGCAUCAAAUAUAUACUAGCAGCAGUGAUGUUUGGUCAUUUGGAAUACUUUUAUGGGAAAUCAUGACCUUAGGUGCAACUCCUUAUCCGGCUAUACCUACCGCGACUUUACUCGAAAUUUUGUGCUCGGGUUAUCGAAUGGGACGUCCAAUAAAAUGCUCUAUAGAACUAUAUAGCAUAAUGCUGGCGUGUUGGAAUUUUAAACCAAAUCAGAGGCCAACAUUUAGUAGUAUAAGAUCUGCUCUUAGUGAUAUGCUAGAAAAAGAUGCGAAACGUUACUAGUGGGUCUCAAAAUUAUGAGUAUUUGUGAUAACAAAUCGUGAAGAAAUUAGAUGUGAAUAAGAUAAUUAUAAUGGACAAUUUACUGACAAUAAUAGAUCAGUGUUAGCAUUUUAUUUUUCAUAACUCUAGUAAAAAUAUAAUUAUAGACUAUUUUUUAUCAUUCGAUUACCAUUUUUAGUCGUAUUUUUUAUAUUGAAUAUUUAUA